AUGAGGGAACCCAAGGAGGUAACUCCAAACGGUGUAUUUGAUGGCGUGAAUUUCGAGAGAUCACAGCCGCUAAACCUCUCCUAUGCAAACUUUGUAGCGCAGCGUUCAGGCUCCCGUUGGGGGACGCACACAGACGACUCUCGCUGUGCACACCAGGCAUCAGAACCACUUCGACGAUCCACAAAUCCAAUCAUUCCGGUCGAAGCACAAGUUCAUCCUUUACCACGACAUUUUCGAAAUCAAACUCCCCCUACUUCCGUGGAGCAGACAUCCCUGCCAAGACGAGCGCGAUCCCCGAAGCCACCACAUCGACGGAAUUCCCCAUCUGUAGUCGAGCGACCAACAAUUCAUACCAGCAGGUACCAAGAUCGAGCUCGAAUACCACUUCACCAUUUGCAGCAGAACAAUCCAAAUACAACUCUGUUUGACAAUGGUUAUCACGGCAGUGGGGCGAUGGAGGAUGUUCGAAAACAGAUCGUUGACCAAUACGUAAUGGAGGCCGUGAAUAGGAAAGACUCAGGCCCAUAUGAAGCACAAACUGGACUACUACCAGACUAUGAACCAGAACUGGCAUACGGAAAUCGCCGUUUAAGCAGUUUAACCUUUCAGUCUAAUGUUGCUCCUCGGGCUCCUGGCGAAGAGACGCCACACAAAAGCACCCGUUGUGGCAAUUUGCCGGAUCACCUUUCACAUCACGUUUUGAUCAAGGAAAUUCCAAUAAAUUCAGAGGAGCAAAAGCUGUACAAAAUGUACAGCCCAACCUUGAGCAUAGAUAUGCAAGAGGAUCUCGAAGCGCCAUCGACUUCGAGUCCCCUCAGUAAAUACAAGGGGAGAGUCCAUCACAUGGAAAGUCACGCCAUAUGGGGGCACCACAUUGGGCUGAUCAUCGAACCAAGUCAACUAGUAGUAGUGAUGAUCAAUAUGAUAUCGCUCCUUCAAGGGAAAGAUUCCCAACGGAUCUCGCCCGCACGCCCAAAUAUUUGCCCUCGAUAG